GUAAUCUCAUGCAAAAGAUGAAUUGUACAAACCUGCCAAUACCACUAGAAAUCCACCUUGAUUUCCAUUGUACAGUAUAGGCCAUAGAAUAAGCCUCACUCUAAGUGAUGCCCUGUGCAUCCAAAUUACCUACACACUGCUCUGCAUUAGCCUGAGUUGACUUUUAUGUCCAUGUGAAUGUAGGCAGGGUCCACUCUCUUCAGUACCUGAUGACAGCUUAAUUCCCAGCCCGGCCCCCCUGCUGAGUGCCGCUGUUUGUGUGGGAUGACAGACGGAGACCAGGCCGAGGGGAGAUGAGUGGGAACCCUCGGAGCCCACUCAGAUUUCUGGGCGCCGUGAAAAGAUUUGUCCAGGCCAUUCACAUCUGAUGGAGUUUCCCAUGUUUUGUGGGACAGUACUUUUUGUUGAAGUGUUUGGAUAGUGAGAUGGUGUGUCUCCUUGCUUCUGUACACACACACACACACACACAUGCACACACUCACAAAAACACGCACCACACACUGACACACGUACGCACACACACACACACUCACGUGCACUCACACACACCACACACAUACACACUCAUGCGGCAUUAGUGAUCCCUCCUUUUGUGAGACCACUUUGAACAGUGCUGAGUUGUACACUGCAGACCAGGUAAGAGGCUUCAGAACCACAGCAACAGAGGUUGUAUAAAGACCCAAGUGUGUUAGUGGAAGCUGCGGGAAGCGGGGAGUGGGGUGAAAGAGGCUGGAGAAAAAAGGAAUGUAGAAUGGUUUGGAGAGAAGAGAGAGAGUGAGUACAGCGGGGUUGAAUAAAGGGCAGAAGAGUAAAACUGGAACCCAUACUUGAAGAGGGCUUGGUAUAGGGGGGUGGGGUAUUUAGGUCAAGACCCAGGGGUCAACGUGUUGGUGUUCCGGGGACAGAGGGUGAUAAGGUUAGUGGACAGGGUAGCUAGGGGGUGAGGCUUAGCCAACGGGGAGGACAAGAGGAGUACAGAUUGAGAAGCCGGAUGAUUUACAGGGGUUUGGAAGGAACUGUUUUGAACUUGUUUUUAAGGUACAGUAACAGAGUGAUUGGAGACUUUUCAUGCUGCACCUGAGCCACUUAGGUGAUGAGGGAAUGAAAGUGAAAAUGUGUGUGAACCUCACCAGGUGUGAAGAUGGAGCGAGUAUAUGUUAUCCUCCUGGUGAUAUCUAGGAUGUCUUCAGUAUCCACGCAAUUUAAUGGAUACAACUGUGAUGCCAACUACCACAGCAGGUUUCCAGCGGAGCGUGACAUCAGUGUGUACUGCGGAGUUCAGACCAUAACCUUGAAGAUCAACUUCUGUCCGGUGCUGUUUUCCGGCUACACCGACGCAGACCUGGCUCUGAACGGUCGCCAAAGCGAGGCCCACUGCCGGGGUUUCAUCAACAACAACACUUUCCCCACAGCCGUGCUGUUCAGCAUCAGUCUCAGCGCCCUGGAGGCCUGUGGCAGCAGCCUGGUGGUGACAACAGCCUACGGGGCCAAUGCCUACGGGAACAUGUCCCUGGUGCAGAUAGGGAAUGUCUCAGGGUACAUAGACACCCCCGACCCUCCAACCAUUAUCAGUUACCUGCCCGGGCUGCUGUAUAAAUUCAGCUGUAGCUAUCCCUUGGAGUAUCUGGUUAACAACUCCCAGCUUGCCUCAUCAUCUGCUGCUAUAUCAGUGAAAGAUAAUAAUGGCACAUUUGUGAGCACUUUGAGCAUGAUCCUGUAUAAUGACUCAAACUACAAUCAGCCUCUCUCCAUCCCAGUGGCUGGGCUGGCAUUGAAAACCAGAGUAUUCGCUGCAGUUAAAGCUACAAACCUAGACAAACGAUGGAAUAUCUUGAUGGACUACUGUUACACCACCCCUUCAGGGAAUCCAAAUGAUGAACUGCGCUAUGACCUUUUCUUUGGCUGUCACAAAGAUCCACAGACAACUGUUUUCGAGAACGGGAAGAGUCAGAUGGGUCGUUUCGCUUUUGAGGUGUUCCGUUUCGUCAAGCACAGACACCAGAAGAUGUCCACUGUGUUCCUGCACUGUGUCAGCAAGCUUUGUCGGGUGGAUGACUGCAUAAUGCUCAUGCCAAUCUGCGGUCAUCGUCGUAGGAGGGACACUGACGAGAGCACAGAGUCUAGACCGGCGUCUGGCAAUGCCAUCAUCACAGCUGGGCCCAUAAUCACCAGGAGUGAUGAAACUCCAACCAAUAACUCACAACUUGCUGCGUCGAGAGGCUCGUUGCUCCCAAUGAACCCAGUGACCAGUACGCUGCUCUCAGGUGUGGUCAUUCUGGGAGGAGCCAGUGUUGUCUUCUUUCUACUUUCCCUCCGCCUCCUACGAAGAGGCAACCCCCCAUCUGCAACACCCUCUGGAGCUUGGAAUCCCAUCUUCAAAUAAACCUUCCCUCUCUCUCAUUAUCUGUAAUAUAUUAUCUCUAAUCUCUGUCUCCUUUUUCUUUAUCCUUAUCUUUCACUCUCUCUCUCUUUCUCUUGUUUUUCUCCUUUCAACCAAGUCUCUGAUUUGAUGUUUUCACUUACGUUCUCUUCUAUGUUCUUGUGCCGCCAAACUCAAAUACAUCAUGUACGUAAAUAGCAUAUUGUCCAUGGAGUGCCAUGUAGCGCUGUGUUCUGUUUCGUCCUGUACUCCCUUGUGUUUUUACCAAUCCAUUGUUCUUUAAAGUGUUUUGAAAGGACAAUCCAUACAGUACAUUCUGCAUGAUCUAGAUCACCAUGAAGGCCCAUCUUGCAUUCCUCUCAACUUAAAUUACCUCUGCCUUAUUGUCAGUCAUAGUGAAGCACAGAAUUGGUUUCAUUAAACAAAUAAGGCUGUUGUUGUAAUAUCAACCCCUGACACCAUUAAAGACUGGGACACAACAAAAGACCAGCACCAAAUUGUUUUUGCUGUAUUCAUUUAAUAUGUAUGGUAUUUUACACAUGCUAUCCCAAGUUAAUGUAGGAUAUGUAUUCACAAGACUAUGUCUUAUAUCUUUAGAUUUAUUACUAUUGUAGCUAAAUAUCUUGUUUAUGGAUGACAUAAUCAGUACAUGUACCCACUGAUUUUGUUUGGUUAAAAUGUACAAAAUAAAUAAAUUGUCCAUUUAUUUUAAUUACUUAAAUUUAUAUCAUGUUAAUUUAGUCUGUAUUUUUAUAUUCAAAGAAAUGUUUGAAUCAUAUAAAGAUAAUAAAAGUUUUGUAUAAAACUUUUUCUGUUAACUUUUGCAAAUGCUACAUUGACCAACACCUUGCUGUGUUGUUUCAAAAGUCCAAUUAAAGAAUGAUUCCAAAAUGUUUGCAAUACUGUUCUGUUCCUCAUGAAGAGGUCUGUCCUUAAA